AAAAAUCCCCGAUUCUGCACAGUGCACACAAAAAAACGAGCACCACCUUCCUCCUUCUUCUUCUUCUUCUUUUUGAGAAGUUCGUCUGCAAAACCCUAACUUCAUUUCCCAAAAUGCCACUUUCAAUCCAAACCCUAAACCACUACUUCUCCUUCUCCAUGGCCGUAACAGCGCCACUAAAUCCCCUCCUCCCCAAACCCAAACAACUCCCUCAUUUGAUCGCCCCAAAACCCUCGGUCAUCAGAAUGGGCGGCGGUCCGAGGACCUACCCUGGAGGCGUAUCGAAGUGGCAGUGGAAGCGCAUGCAGGCGAAGAAAGCCAAGCAGCUCCUCAAGGCCAGGCUCUGCCGCGAACGCCAGAUCUACGAGAUGCGCAAGCGCUCCGAGCUCAAAGCCGCCGUGUCGGAGCUCGAGCGGCCAUGGGAAGUCGUCGAGAGAGCUCCAAAUCUCUUCUCCGUCUCCGCCGACGAGCAGCUCAAGGUCUUGGCGGAUCGCUUCCAGAAGCCGGGGGGUUUCGAUCUCUGGACGGAAAACGACGGUCCUCAGUUGUUUCAGACUCCAGACGAACUUCCUUCCGCGAGAUUCUUCCCCAAAGGCGUCGUUCAUAGCGUGAAACCCUAUCGAAGAGUUUCUGAAACCGAGGAAUUGGAGUCGGGAGCUCAAGAUUACGCCGAUUUUGGAGAGCAGAGAAAUAGGAAUGAUGAUUAUGGGGAAUUAUCGGAUGUGGAGAGUUUAAAUUCGAAGAUUUCUUCUAGAAUGAGGAGAAAGGGGAAUGGGAGAGAUUCUGGUUUUUCGGAUUCAAAUGGUUUGGCUUUGUCUGAUUCGGAACAAUUUAGUCUUGAAGAAUUGGAGUUGGAAGCUAGAAAUCAUGGCCAAUUGGGAGAAGAACGAAAUCGGAAUAAUAGGAGGUCUUAUGGGAGGAAAUUUCGCGAUCAAUCCAGAUCAUUUAGCGGAGGAGAGAUUAAGAAUGACGGAAUAUCGGAACCCGAGAGUUUGAAUUCGAAGAACUCAUUUGAUCUGAGGAGGAAGACGAGCAGGAGAAGGUUUCAGUCUUCUGAUUCUAGAAGUUCGGGUUUGUCUAAUCCGGGGCUGUCCAGGUUUGAUAGAAACCAAAGAGGGAAGAGUGCUAAUUUUCGCAGGAGUAGAGGCUAUAGUUCAUCGAAAAUGAAUGAUUCAGAGAAUGAUGUUUAUGAUAUGAGUUUGCAAGAUGGUAGCUAUGAGCUUCAACCAAAGAAUGGAAGAUAGGAUUCACAAUUGGAAACUGGCAUGCAAGUUAUUUGAUCCUAAAUGUGUCUCACUUGCUUUCCAGAUUGACAGAGGAUUAUGAUUGGAAUUGGAACAAAGGACAUCAUUUUCUGAUAUUUACUGAAACAAGCGAGAUUGUCCUGCAGUGCAUGCCAUUGAAGUUAGAA